AUGGCAAUAAUGGAAACUACACUGAUUUACUCUAUUGGAUUCGGUGCUCUCUUUCUCCUGCUUAUUCUUCGUCUCCCCAUCUACCACUUUACCAAGGCUGCCUGCCCGCUAAUUUUGGAGCUAGGGGACUUUCCACCAAUUCAUGCAUUUGUUAAAUUUAUACACAGAUUGACAUCUGAACAUCUCAUCUAUCCAACUAUUUUACGCCGAGGCAAGUACAUCGGCCGCUGGAGCCGCAGCGAUACCUUAUUGCUGCUGGUUUACUUCGCCAUCAACAUAUCAUGUAUCUUGGUUCCUCUGCCCGAUAUUGAUCAGGUUUGCCGUCGAUCGGGAACACUUUCGGUCGUCAACUUACUCCUCGUUUUUGCUGCACCGCAUUUGAGCUUUCUUGCUGACCUGCUUGGGCUAUCGUUACACUCAUGUCGACGUUUUCAUGCAUCUGCAGGAAGUGCGGCCUUCUUGCUUGCAGUUUGUCAUGCUAUUUUUGCGGCAGUUGCUCAGAAAAAACUUGAUUUGGAAAAACCGCGCGAUUUAUUCGCGUUGAUAGCGAUCGUGUCACUUUGCGCCCAGCUAAUUCCCUUGGCACUGCGGCAGUUCAAUUACGAAAUUGCUCUGCGAACUCAUCAGCUCCUUGCCUUUGUAUUUGCAUACGCCAUUUGGCGUCAUAUACCACCUGAAGGUUUCUUCCCGCGAAUUUACCUAUACAUAGGAGCAGGCUUAUUUCUCGUAACGUGUGUCACCUUGUCGCUGCUUGCCUUUUAUCGCAACAAUCUAGGUCUCUCUCGAGCUCGCAUAUCGUAUGAUCUUCACACGAUCAAGGUGCGCGUACACCUUCGUAAGCCGUUAAAGGUGGAAGCUGGACAGUACAUAAAUCUUUGGGUGCCUGGGGCUAGUCUAUGGUCCUUUGCACAAACGCAUCCAUUUGCAGUGACGUCUUGGUCCAACGAGCCCCAAGACCAUCUGGAUUUGUUCAUCGAACCUGGUGGAGGGUUCACUAAGGACCUGUUCGGUCUGUCGGAUUAUGGCCCAACAACCAGUAUUGUCUUCUUCAGUGGUCCCCACGGCAAGCAGUUGCCAAUUCAUGAAUACGAAAACAUCGUUAUGAUGGCCACUGGGUUCGGCAUUGCUGCUCACUUGCCCUAUCUUCGGAAGCUUAUUCAUGACCACCACAGUCACAAGUCACCAAUUCGACGGAUCCACCUCGUUUGGCAAAUGAAACAACUUGACGUUGGUAUUGCUGCCGAGCAACUACUAAACGAAGCUUUGGCGGAGGAUAAACUGGAUGGAGACUAUAUCCUCCGCAUCUCACUGUAUUCAGAGUCGGAAGACAUUUGUGAGACACCUUUUGGCAGCAGAGCCACUGUAUAUCGUGGUAAAAUACCUCUGAGAACCGUUUUUCAGACAGAAAUUGCGGAGUGGCGCCCAAAGAGUCGAACCGUGAUAUCGGUAUCUGCCGAUGGUGCUUUCCGUGACGACAUGGUAGCCCUCCUGCGAGAAUUCCCACAUAGCAAUAUAAAUUUGGCUCAUACGGAAUAUCAACCCUUGUAG